AGAAGGACUCGGGAACUUCCGGAGGUCUUCGACAUCGGAAGGUGCUGGGGGGGGCGGUCACGGAAAACUUUCGGCAACUUCCGCCCAGCGCCAAAGUAGAAAGCGUCUUCGUUCGGAAAAAAAAAAGCCUGGCGGCCCGAGUUCGCCUUCGGGUAUUUCCGGAUGAGUUCGGCGACUUCCGGAUGAGUUCGGCUCCGCCUGCCGAAGGCGGAGCGGAACGAAAACGCUAAGAGUUUCCUUCGCAGCAAUGGAACAAACCCUGAUCUGAGCCAAAGCAGGAUGUCGGAGCCGCUACCCUUGUCCUACGUGACGGCCCAAGAGAUGCGCUGCCUCCUACACUGGCUGUCCGGCUGGACUCUGGCCCAACGGGAACGCUUCCUCCGAGACCUGGUGGACAAGGCCGUCCCUUGGAAGCUAUGUCCCCUGCUGGAGAGCCUGUCCGCGCUCCGGGUAGACUCUGGGAAGCCCCCGUCCAUCUACGAGUGCCAGAUGCGCCUCUGGGACCAGUGGUUCCGCAGCUGGUCGGAAGCCGAGCGUAACGAGUUUGUCCGGCAAAUGGAAGAGGAGAUGCCGGAUUUGGCCGGACGGUUUUACCGAGAAGUGGCUGCCACUGCUGGACAAGCCUGAGGCGGCCCAUGGCUCUCUCCGUUCCGUCUCAUUUUUAUUUUUUAUUUUGUACCGAUUUCUCUGGACGUCUUCAGACGGCUGCUGUGAAAACUUGGCCAAAGGGCUUUCCCGUGUUCUACCCUGCAUAAUAUGAAAAUAAAAUAUUGUUGUUUCUUC